AGUCCAAAGCGUCAAUCAAACGAGUCACUUUGUCGUCUGAUGCGACGACAACUGGACAACACCCGGAGCUGAGCGUGUGUGUACAAGUGUGUGUCCAAGAUGAGGGUGUGUGUGCUACUGUUGUGUGUGUGUUGUGUGUGUUGGAGGAGCGGCGCCCAGGACACAACGUACCUGAUAAGCGCCCCGUUGUGGCUGCACGUGGACGCGUUGGAGACGGUGUUGCUGCAGUUGUUUGGUUUUUCCGAGGAAGUGAGGGUCUACGUGUUCUUGAAGACCUCCAUGGCUCCGGACCAUUUGGUCCUGGCCCGGGAUAUGGUCACCCUCAACGCUCAGAACCACUACCAGGCAACCGCCGCGCUCCGGAUCUUCCCGAGUCAGCUGGACAAGAGUGUGGAUCACGUGAUCCUCCACGUUCAAUCAGCACAGAUCAACAAGCACCUUUCACUUCCUGUCAGCCGCUCCAACGGGUUCCUGUGGGUCCAGACAGACAAACCUCUGUACACGCCCCAGCAGAGUGUCAAGGUGCGAGCCUUCUCUCUCAACCAGGAGCUGCAUCCGGCCAAUAGAAGUGUCUUCCUCACCUUCAAGGAUCCAGAUCAUCAGACGGUGGAUGUAGUGGAGAUGCUGGACCUCAACAAUGGAAUACCUUCCAUGCAGAACCCCUUCAAGAUCCCCAUCAGACCAAAGUUGGGACUGUGGUCCAUUGAAGCAUCGUAUUCUCAUGACUUCGGAACCAAAGCCAGCACAGAUUUUGAGAUUCGAGAAUAUGUUCUUCCCAGUUUCUCCAUUGUGGUCCAGCCAGAGGUCUACUACAUCAGCUUUGGAAACUUCCAGAAUUUCUGCUUCAGGGUGUCAGCCAGAUACAUUCACGGCGCUCCCGUUGCUCAGGCCGAGGUGUUUCUGCGCUUUGGCUUCAUUAGCAAGAAAGAACUUCCUGUUAUCGUCCCCAACUCAGUGACCCGAGAAACAUUGUCGUCCUCAGGCCACCUGGACAUGUGUGUCAACAUGGAGAAAGUUCUGUCUAAACAUGAUGGACCCAAAGACCUGCCCAGUCUUUUUGGGAAGUUCUUGUAUAUUGCUGUCCUGCUGCAGGAGCACUCGGGUGGCAUUAGCCAGGAGGAGGAGUUUUCUGCUGUGAAGUUCGUCAAAUCACCUUACAGUCUGAGUCUGGUGUCCACUCCCCUUUUCAUCAAACCCGGACUUCCUUACAACAUCCAGGUGCUCGUGAAAGACCACCUGGACAAGCCGGUGAACCAUGUACCCGUUCGUUUGGUGGCGCAACAAGUGUUCAGUCGAGAGCAAGAUCUCAACAUCAAAAUCUGUCCUGACCACACCCAGAGCGGAUCAGAUGGCCUCGCCAUCUUUGUCUGCAACACGCCCAAAGAGGGCAUCAAAGUCUCCUUGAGGUUUGAGACCGAAGACCCUGCCCUCCCGGCCACCAGUCAGGCCAGUCUGAGUCUGGAGGCGAUGGCCUACAACUCACCAAACCGCCGUUACCUUUACAUCGACCCUCCGCUGUCAGGGCAAAGCCUGCAUGUGGGACGUUACGCCAACAUCAAGGUGUACUCAUCCACACCAUCCUACGUUCCGGUCAAAGCGCUCAGCUUCCUGGUGCUAUCCAAAGGUAAGGUGGUGCAUUACAGUAGCCAGAAGUUUGUCGCUAGUGGCGACCACAGACAAAGUCUGAACUUCGCGGUGACGAGCGCCAUGGUCCCGUCAAUCCGCCUGCUGGUCUACUACAUCCUGCACGGCGAGGGUACGUCUGAGUUGGUCGCCGACUCCGUGUGGCUGGAAGUCCGAGACACAUGUGUUAGUGGACUUACGACGGAGUUGUCAUAUGGAGGGCGGGACCACAAGCCAAAGGAAAACCUUCAGCUGGAUAUCAAAACCAAUCAGCAGGGACUGGUGGCGCUUUCUGCUGUAGACUCUGCCCUCUUCAACCUGUAUCCGAACUACAGAGACCCCGUUACCAUGGCACUGCGUCACAUCGAGCAGAGUGACCUCGGCUGCGGAGGAGGCGGCGGAAAAGACGCAGCAGACGUCUUCCGAAUGGCUGGCCUCACCUUCAUGACCAACGCCAACGCUCAGCCAUCAACCGGCGGUGGGAAGUGCACGGCGGCUGUGCGACCCACACGAGCGCUGACGGAAGAGAUGAAGCGCAAGAAAGCCAAAUCGUUUGGACCUCUGAAGGUGUGCUGCGAGGAGGGCAUGCAGUACUUUCCCAGGAGCGUCACUUGCCGCCAUUUUGCUCAGGAGAGGUUCAAACGCGUAGCACAUAAUUCGCGUUGUCAACAGAUAUUCACACACUGCUGUGAAUACAACCUACAGCACCUCGAUCUGGACCAGAACCUCAUCCUGGGCCGACACGACAUGGGGGCUGACUUAAAUGCAGUGCCCUUUCUGGUCAGGAGUUUCUUUCCUGAAAGCUGGUUGUGGGAGGUUCAUCCCACCAGAGGACGUCAGCAGUCUCUCAUCAGGACACUGCCCGACUCGCUGACCACAUGGGAGCUCAAAGCCAUCGGAAUGUUCAAGAACGGUAUUUGCGUGUCCAAACCCGUCCAAGUGUCGGUCCAACUGCCAGUCAGUGUGGAUGUGCCGCUGCCUUACCAGGUGGUACGAGGCGAGCAGCUAGAGUUGAGCGGUUCUGUUUACAACCAAAAGAAGGACGACAUCACGUACUGUGUCACGCUGACGGCGGGGCCGGAGCUCUGCCUUCUCCAAUCCCAGCCGGCCGUCUCAGGAGUGGGGUUUCAUUCCACCGCCUGCACCUGGGAGGAACUGCCAGCAGGAGGUGUGGGCAAGGUGGCCUUUACACUUAUGGGUCUGAAGGCAGGAGAACACAAGCUGACCUUUACUUUGAAGACCCGCCAAGGAGAAAGUGACAUCGUGGAGAAGACGCUCAGAGUAGUGCCUGAAGGCGUGAAGAUGGAGUCUUAUUCCGGAGGGAUAUUGGACCCGCAGGGACUUUACGGUUCUGAGAAAACAACAGUAGUGCUGAAGAACCAGCCACCAGCUAACAUGGUUCCCAACACAGCGGCGGAGAGAAUGGUGACAAUCAACGGUGAGAUUAUGGGAGAUGUCCUCUCCGUGGUCCUUGACCACGACGGCCUACAACAUCUCUUCAGCCUGCCCAGUGGAUCAUUGGAGGCGGAGCUUGGCAGAAUCCUCCCGCUGGCACACCUAUACCAGUACCUGGAGACUACCAGCAAGUGGGAUGUCAUGGGUGGAAACAUCCACAAGAACUCAGACAACCUCAGACAGAAGAUGAAAGAAGGUCUGAUCAGCAUCAGUUCUUUCAGACAUGGAGACUCCAGUUACAGCAUGUGGACAAAGAGAGACGCUAGCACCUGGUUGACGGCAGCGGUGGUUCACACUCUGGCCACCAUAGAUCCUGUCAUCACCGUAGACCGCCAGGCUCUGUCAGAGUCGCUCUCCUGGCUAAUCCGCAACGCUCAGAACCAGGACGGAUCUUUCUCUGACAAGUCGUCCUUCAGACCCAACAGCGUCAUGGCUGAGGGGGCGGAGCCGCGUGAGCGCUCGGUGUACCUCACGUCCUUUGUCCUCAUUGCGUUACAUCGAGCCACCAGAAUCCGUGAACGCGUCCUGCAGCUCAGAUUCCACGACGACAGCAUGAGGUCAGCCGCUGACUACAUUUCCCAGCAUGCCCUCAAUCUCAAGAGUGUGUACGUGCGUGCCAUUGCCACCUAUGCCCAUAACCUGCAUGACCCCAACGCAGCGAUGAGCCUCACCCUAAUCGACAGCCUGGAGAACCUCGCUCAACAGAAAGGACACCCUGCCAUGCUCAGGUACUGGCAGGAGGAAAACGUGGCGUCUGAUUGGCUCAAGCCUGACCAAUCGAGCGGACUCACGGUGGAGACGACAGCCUACGCCCUGCUGACCGUGCUGCUGAAGGGGAGGAUUCAAUACGCCAAUCCCAUCGUGUCCUGGCUGACUCAGGAUCAGCACUAUGGACAAGGUUUCUACUCCGUACAGGACACCGCCCUGACUUUGGAGGCGUUGACAAAGUACAGUAAGGUCAUCCCUCGAGCCGUCCUCAAUCUGGAUAUCAACGUCAGUUACAGACGCAAAGGAGUGCUCACUCGCGUCCAGCUCAGCCCGAGCCGUCCUGUGGCCACACCCAUACAGGUGUUGAAGGACGAUGACAUCACCGUGUCCACGGGAUACGGGAGGGGCGUGUCACAUGUCAAGAUGAAGACGGUCUACUACCAGACGACUCCGCCCUCCCGUAACUGUAACUUCGACAUAAGCAUAGAGAUGUUUGGCGCCGACGUCUCCGACAGUGCCAGCAUGCGUGCUCCACACCUGGCUGCCUGUGCCAAGUACAAGCCUCGUCCUAACGAGCUGUUAACAGAGUCCACCAUGACUGUGAUGAAGAUCCAGCUGCCGACAGGCGUGGAGGCGCACCUGGAGGACCUGCGACCGUUCAGAGACUCCAUGGAGCCAAUCAUCUCGCACUACGAGCUUCAGGGAAACACUGUCAUCAUUCAGAUGGACUCUGUUCCGUCUGACAUCUUCUUGUGUGUUGGCUUUCGGAUCCGGACCAGGUUUAAGGUGGACGGAGCCAGCAAAUCCCUGCUAAGUGUAUUUGAGCCUCAGGACAAGGGAAGUUUGUGCAGCAAACACUUCUCCUACCAAGAGCAGAAGCUGCAGCGCCUCUGUGUGGCUGACCAGUGCCAGUGCAUGACAGCCGCAUGUGCCGCCUACAGAGGAACCUUCGACCUGAGCUUGACGGCCGCCAAACGCCAAGAGGAAACGUGCCGGCACCACAUCAAAUACGCUUACAAGGUGGCCGUCACGUCUCUGGACGCGGAAGGAGACUUUGUGGCCUUCAACGCCACCGUCGUGGAGGUCCUGAAGAACACGGACAAAGACUUUGAGGCGGUGAGCGUGGGCACGGAGGUGGAGCUGAUCAAGAAGGUCACGUGCGGCUCAGUGGAUGUCCAGAACCACAAGCGGUACCUGGUGAUGGGAUCCAGCGGGUCACAGGUCAAGCUGGGCCACGCCACCAAGUACCGCCUGCCUCUGGACUCAGACGCCACGGUGGAACCCUGGCCCAGCGACUGCGCCACACCUGACUGCGUGGAACACCUGACCCAGCUGGACACGUACGCUCUGGACCUGCAGUUGUUCAGCUGUCCUUCAGAGUAGUUGUCCAUCUGUCCUUCACAGUAGUUGUUCAGCUGUCCUUCACAGUAGUUGUCCUUCACAGUAGUUGUCCUUCACAGUAGUUGUCCAGCUGUCCUUCACAGUAGUUGUCCUUCACAGUAGUUGUCCAUCUGUCCUUCACAGUAGUUGUCCAUCUGUCCUUCACAGUAGUUGUCCAGCUGUCCUUCACAGUAGUUGUCCUUCAGAGUAGUUGUCCAUCUGUCCUUCACAGUAGUUGUCCAUCUGUCCUUCACAGUAGUUGUCCAUCUGUCCUUCACAGUAGUUGUCCAGCUGUCCUUCACAGUAGUUGUCCUUCACAGUAGUUGUCCUUCACAGUAGUUGUCCAGCUGUCCUUCACAGUAGUUGUCCAGCUGUCCUUCACAGUAGUUGUCCAGCUGUCCUUCACGGUAGUUGUCCAUCUGUCCUUCACAGUAGUUGUCCAUCUGUCCUUCACAGUAGUUGUCCUUCACAGUAGUUGUCCAUCUGUCCUUCACAGUAGUUGUCCAGCUGUCCUUCACAGUAGUUGUCCAUCUGUCCUUCACAGUAGUUGUCCAUCUGUCCUUCACAGUAGUUGUCCAGCUGUCCUUCACAGUAGUUGUCCUUCAGAGUAGUUGUCCAUCUGUCCUUCACAGUAGUUGUCCAUCUGUCCUUCACAGUAGUUGUCCAGCUGUCCUUCACAGUAGUUGUCCUUCAGAGUAGUUGUCCAUCUGUCCUUCACAGUAGUUGUCCAUCUGUCCUUCACAGUAGUUGUCCAUCUGUCCUUCACAGUAGUUGUCCAUCUGUCCUUCACAGUAGUUGUCCAGCUGUCCUUCACAGUAGUUGUCCAUCUGUCCUUCACAGUAGUUGUCCAUCUGUCCUUCACAGUAGUUGUCCAGCUGUCCUUCACAGUAGUUGUCCUUCAGAGUAGUUGUCCAUCUGUCCUUCACAGUAGUUGUCCAUCUGUCCUUCACAGUAGUUGUCCAGCUGUCCUUCACAGUAGUUGUCCUUCAGAGUAGUUGUCCAUCUGUCCUUCACAGUAGUUGUCCAUCUGUCCUUCACAGUAGUUGUCCAUCUGUCCUUCACAGUAGUUGUCCAGCUGUCCUUCACAGUAGUUGUCCUUCACAGUAGUUGUCCUUCACAGUAGUUGUCCAGCUGUCCUUCACAGUAGUUGUCCAGCUGUCCUUCACGGUAGUUGUCCAUCUGUCCUUCACAGUAGUUGUCCAUCUGUCCUUCACAGUAGUUGUCCUUCACAGUAGUUGUCCAUCUGUCCUUCACAGUAGUUGUCCAGCUGUCCUUCACAGUAGUUGUCCAUCUGUCCUUCACAGUAGUUGUCCAGCUGUCCUUCAGAGUAGUUGUCCAUCUGUCCUUCACAGUAGUUGUCCAUCUGUCCUUCACAGUAGUUGUCCAUCUGUCCUUCACAGUAGUUGUCCAGCUGUCCUUCACAGUAGUUGUCCUUCACAGUAGUUGUCCUUCACAGUAGUUGUCCAGCUGUCCUUCACAGUAGUUGUCCAGCUGUCCUUCACGGUAGUUGUCCAUCUGUCCUUCACAGUAGUUGUCCAUCUGUCCUUCACAGUAGUUGUCCUUCACAGUAGUUGUCCAUCUGUCCUUCACAGUAGUUGUCCAGCUGUCCUUCACAGUAGUUGUCCAUCUGUCCUUCACAGUAGUUGUCCAGCUGUCCUUCACAGUAGUUGUCCAUCUGUCCUUCACAGUAGU